GUCCCACUCAGCAGAACACUGGUUUUGGUGCAGCAGCAUUUUCUUCGGCUUUAGGUCUUGGAAGUGCUUCAGCACCGACUUCAGGAGCUACAAAGAACUCGGCGUUUGAUUUGCUGGGGAAUCAACGGCCACAAGGCCAUAUGCAACAGAGAUUUGUCCCACAGAGCCCAAACGUUCCAAUGAGUCCUGCACAAUCCAACCAAUUGGUUGCACAAGCAUUGAAUCAGGCAUUGACUGGCGAGAAGAAGAACAUCCCUGUCUGGAACGGUCAACCAAGCACUUUGCGGAGUUGGCUCAAACUGCUUGCACUAUGGGAACAUGAAUCUCAGAUGCCGAUGGAGCGAAGAGGAGUGAAACUUUUGCAGAGCUUUGCAGAGGGAUCGGAACCCCGCAGAAUUGCGGAUACAGUUCCAAUGCAUGUUUUGCUGUCGCCUUCUGGAUACAGCUCAGUGCUGAGUGCAAUCUAUGAGAAGUACUUCCCCUACUUGGAAGCUUCAGCACCAAAGGCUGUGGACAAGUUCAUCUAUGAAGGUGAGCGACAGAAGGCCGAAAGUUUUACCUCCUUUAUAGCCUCCAAGCAGUUGGCGCGUCAGGAGAUGGAGAGCCAAUUGGGUGAGGUCAUCUCAGACCGUCUUUGCGGAAGGAUUCUUUUGAGGCAAGCUGGGUUGAACGAGUUUCAGAGGGAAAUGCUCAUGCUUCGCGGACCAGCCUUGAGGACUUUUGAUGAAGUCGCUACAAUGCUGCGUACACUGGACAGGCCUGAGAUGCUGGUCAAGGCCCAAUCUGGUGUGCAGAGUCGUAACUAUGCAGCUUACAAUAUGGAUGGUGGAGAAGAUCAACAGCAGUGGAACAAUGUGGAUGAUGUUCAAGACGAUGAUGAUGAGUUGGUGGAAGAUUCUUCAUCUCAAGAUGAAGAAGGACAUCCCUUCAUUUACUUUGAAGACCGCACCUUCAAUGAGGAGGAGACUGUGGAAAUUCUGGCAUACCACAGUGCGUACAGAGAUGUCCGCAAGGAGUUGCAGAAGCGCCGAAACGAAAGAGGCUAUGUCAAGAGAGGGCAUGACUCUGGUAGUGGAAAAGGAAAGGGCAAACGUAAAGGUCCCAGGAACAACUUUGGAAAGGGCAAAAGCAAGUUCUCGAAGGGAACGCGCUACCUCAAGUCCUACGAGGAUGACCUUUUGUCGAGGACCAGAUGCUUCAAUUGUGACGAAUUGGGUCACAUGUCCAAAGAUUGCCCCUUCAAGAAUGACCAGAACAAGAAACCCUCACCUGGAUCAAACAAUGCCAGGAAACAGUUUCUGAUGACUUCCACUGGACCACAGGUCUUUAUGCACAACUCUGGAUAUGUGGUUCCUUCAGAACGUUCAGCAGACCGUGGAGCACCAUACAGACUGAUGAUUUUUCAUGCAGUUCAAUGUCGACCUGAUGAAGCUCUGGUAGACACGGCUGCUGAAGAAGCAGUGAUUGGACAUCAUGCUAUGGAGAUGCUUGAAAAGGAACUGAAAAAGAAAGGGUUGAGACCGCAGUGGCAGCGCGGUGGAAACCUCCCAGGAGCUGGUGGGAUUGGUGGAGCUGCAACAGUGAAAGGCGCGAUGGUCAACCAGGAAACCAAUGAAGAAACUCCAGUGAUUUCAGUUUGGUUGUUGGUGGAUGAGCAACUGCACCAUUUGCAAGACCUUCCAUCUCAGGGCAGACUUCAGAUGGUACUGCCGCAGGAAUGUGCUUUGAUCCAAGACCCUGCAACCUUGGAACCAGAGAGAUUGACCCAUGCGUUUUUGCAAGGUGGCAGACAUAUGGUGAUUCGAGACUACUGGCAAGAUGCACGAGCCAGUCGUCAACUUGAUGAGCAGUGGCAUGGGGCAGUGAUCUUUGCCUCCAAUCAGCACGUGGUGGUGAACACCAGUGGUUCAGUAUCGAACCAACCUGUCAUUGCUGAUGAGACCACUCGCAGAGCUUUCACCCAUGUUUCAUCGAGCUCCAGCUCGGCAGCCCCAUCAUCAAGCUCAACCUGGGCAAACACUGCUCGACGUGAGUUCGGCCAUGGUGGGAAAAGAGCUGAUGACCAGGACGGGCAUCAAUCAAUUGCAGCAGCAGCUUCAAUGCAGGUGCCGUCGGGUCCCAUUUUCGAGUUUGAUUUGGCAAGUUGUGAUGAACAUUUGGCAGAAGUUUGUGAUGAUUCACCAGUUUUUGAUUUGCGGCCAAACUCCAUCAGCAACAAACAAGUUUUGGGUUGGUUGGCAUCAAUUUUCUUUCCCAAUUUUGUUGCUGCUGAUCGUUUGAUGACCAACACUUGGUCGCAUGAAGCUGGCAGUGCAGAAUCGACAAAUGCCGAAAAGCCGUUCCAAAUGCUCAAAGAUCUGAUCUUCAACCACAACCUUUGGUGUCCCAGACGUUUUCGCAAUGAGCAGUCUUCGAGAGUCUUGCAGACAGAUGGUGAAGAGCGAAGCUGCCGGACCAAUCAGUCCUCCAUCACAGUCCAAGCCGGCGACAACUUGGAGAAGGACGAGGACCAGAAGGACACCAAGAAGGAUCGGAAGUCCAAGGAUCCGAAGUCAGUGGUCAGACAGGCCAUUGGAAAGCCUCUGAGUCGCUCCAAAGCUCAGACAGCUUGGAACCGAGAGGUGUCGGAAUGCAUCCACGAGGAGGAGUACCUUCGUCACCGAGCUGGAAAAGGGCACUUCUGGUACACCUGCCUGCAAUGUGGAGGUCGUUGGGAAAGGCUUCAGUCCCAAGCUUCCAGUUCAACUCAGGUGAUCGAGACAACGGUCCCGGCGGAGAACUUUCCAAAGUUUUUGCCUGCACCGAGAAGCCGCCCAGAUCUCAAAACGCAGAAGGUGACAAUCAACCAGUUGCCCAAGGCCAAAGCCGUGACCUCAAAACCAAGCGAGUCACGUGGAAGGACCUUGCAGAAGCAGGGAUCGGAGAAGAUGAUCGGCCUGAUGCCAGUUCAAAGGUCGAAGACGCCGACACCAGACCCAAGUCGAGCGUCAGGAUCCCAGGUCGAGGUCUUCACGUUGGCCGGCAACGACAUGGACGAGGUGGAAAUGGUGACAGCAGACGAAGACUUCUCAGCCGAGGAGAUAGCCAUGAUGAAUGCAGAUUGGCAGCGGGACAUGGUGGAAUCAGCGACGGGCCUGGGCAUAGAGUAUGUCUCAGCCCUGGAGCGGGAGCACAUCCUGGACCCGUGA